UGAGUGUUUUUGUCUCAUCAGGUGAUUAACUCUCGCUCCCUUACUAGUGUGCUGACUCCUGAACUAGGGAGCUGAUGGAGAGAUGUAGUUUAGAGGGUUUAUUGUGCUCUCUGUUCAUUGUUCUCUUCAUCUUAAACAGAGAAACUCCCGCUGAAGCGACUGAGAGCCUCGUCACACACUUAUAAAGAUGGCGUUUAUUAAAGAGGAGACUGAAGACUUCAGGAUUGAAGAAGUGUUCAGUCUGAAACAAGAAGACACUGAGGAACAAACAGACCUGCUGGUGCUGAAAGAGGAGAAUCAAGAUCCGAAUGAAAUGGAACAGACAGAUCAGUAUGAGAAUCACCAUGAUUUCAUAACUGGUGAAAAUGCCACACAGUCUAAAACAGCUUUUAUACGAAAAAGAGCUCAGAAAACCAAAUCUAACAGCUCUUUCACCUGCCUUCAUUGUGGAAGGAGUUUCGAUGAAAAACGAAAACUUCAAAUGCACGUGAGAGUUCACACUGAAGAGAAGCCUUACACCUGCCAACAGUGUGGAAAGAGCUUCACUCAAAAACCAGCCCUUCAAAAUCACAUGAGAACUCACUCGGGAGAGAAGCAAUUUAUAAAAGUUUAUGUGCGCCACAAUGUUUCUGUGUACCUGCUAGUGCUGAAAGAGGAGAAUCAAGAUCUGAAUGAAAUGGAACAGACAGAUCAGUAUGAGAAACACCAUGAUUUCAUAACUGGUGAAAAAUCCACACAGACUAAAACGGUUUCUAUACGAAAAAGAGCUCAGAAAACCAAAGCUAGCAGCUCUUUCACCUGUCAUCAUUGUGGAAAGAGCUUUGCUCAACAAGGAGCCCUCAAAACUUGCCAUCAGCGUGGAAAGAGUUUUACACAGAAAAGCAGCCUUCAAUCUCACAUGAACAUUCACACUGGAGUGAAGCCUUAUACAUGCGAACAGUGUGGAAAGAGUUUCCCUGCUAAACAAAACCUUAAAGUCCACAUGAGAGUUCACACUGGAGAGAAGCCUUACUCUUGCAAGUAUUGUGGGAAGAGUUUCACAAAUGCAUACUCCCAGCCUCACAACAGAAUUUAG